UAUUAAUUAAAUAAAUGGAAAAAAAAACAUGAUGGGAGUUUGUUUAGGCAGGGGAGAUUCUUCUUCAUUCUCAUCAUUAUUUCUCUAUUAAUUUCACCCCAAAAAAGAAAAAAGAAAAAUUCCAACAAGAAAAAAAAAAGAAAAAGAAAGUUGAUUCUUCGCUUAGGCUUGAAAUCUCUCCAAUCCAAAUCUCAAAUUAACCUUCCAUCGUCAUCUCUUUCCCUUUUUUUUUCCCACUUUCUUUGCGAAUCGCGAGAUCUCGGAAUCGCAUCCUUGAUUUUGGGAUACUGUUUUUUUUUUUUUUAAUCUUGUUUCAUUUUCACGUGAAAUUCUUAGCUGCUAGAACUGGACUUGAAUUUCAACGAGAAUUUUGGAGAUUUUUUUUUUGUUUGGGUUUUUCCUUUCUGUUUUGUGUGUUUGGAAUUAGGGUUGUCGAGCGAGAAUGGACAAGUACGAGCUGGUGAAAGACAUAGGUGCUGGGAAUUUUGGAGUUGCCAGGCUCAUGAAGGUCAAAAACUCUAAGGAACUUGUUGCCAUGAAGUACAUCGAGCGUGGUCCUAAGAUUGAUGAGAAUGUGGCAAGAGAGAUCAUUAAUCACAGAUCACUUCGCCAUCCGAAUAUAAUCCGGUUCAAGGAGGUGGUGUUGACUCCAACCCAUCUUGCCAUUGCCAUGGAAUAUGCUGCUGGUGGUGAACUAUUCGAGCGUAUAUGCAGUGCUGGAAGAUUUAGUGAGGAUGAGGCGAGAUAUUUCUUCCAGCAGCUUAUAUCAGGUGUUAGCUAUUGCCAUGCUAUGCAAAUAUGCCAUAGAGAUCUGAAGCUCGAGAAUACGCUCUUGGAUGGAAGUCCUGCUCCACGUCUGAAAAUCUGUGAUUUUGGUUAUUCCAAGUCCUCUCUGCUGCACUCUAGGCCCAAAUCAACAGUUGGAACUCCAGCAUAUAUUGCACCUGAGGUCCUUUCUCGAAGAGAAUAUGAUGGCAAGAUGGCUGAUGUAUGGUCUUGUGGUGUGACUCUUUAUGUCAUGCUGGUUGGAGCAUACCCAUUUGAAGACCAGGAAGACCCCAAGAACUUCAGGAAAACAAUACAAAAAAUAAUGGCUGUCCAGUACAAGAUCCCGGACUACGUCCAUAUCUCACAGGAUUGUAAAAAUCUCCUUUCCCGUAUAUUUGUCGCCAAUUCACUCAAGAGGAUCACCAUUGCAGAAAUCAAGAAACAUUCAUGGUUCCUAAAGAAUUUGCCAAGGGAACUCACAGAGACAGCUCAAGCUGCAUAUUUCAAGAAAGAGAACCCAACCUUCUCCCUUCAGACCGUUGAAGAGAUCAUGAAGAUAGUGGCUGACGCCAAAACACCGCCUCCUGUUUCCCGAUCCAUCGGAGGUUUUGGCUGGGGAGGAAAUGGGGAUGCAGAUGGAAAAGAGGAAGAUGCAGAAGACGUGGAGGAGGAAGAGGAGGAGGUGGAAGAAGAGGAAGACGAUGAGGAUGAAUACGAUAAGACUGUAAAGGAAGUACACGCAAGUGGAGAAGUGAGAAUAAGUUGAUAUUUUGGUUUUUGGUCUGUGUAAGAAAGAAGUCGUCGUUGGUUUGUUGAAACUGAAAAGUCUCUGUUCUCGUGUUUGCCUUUACAAUGCUUUGGCUAAGGUUUUGGUUCUGGUUUUGGAGAUUUGUAAAAUUUGCAGUAUAAGAUGAACAAACAGAGAGGUUGAUGAUGAGAAUGAGUCCUUUGCUACGCAUGGUACUAUGAACAUUGUGACCUCCAAUAAAUAUUUUUGUAAAUUAGAUUUUAUUUUCCGAAAAGAUUCAUGUAUUUGAUUUUUGGAUUUCUUAUUUUUAUUUUUUUUCGUUCCUUAUCAUUUUUUUGAAAAUGCAAAUCUAUAAAAUACAAAUGUCAACAAAAAAUCAAAUUGAAAUGUUCGGA